AUGCGGCUCUUAGCAAUCGAUCAGAAUGGCGAGCUCAGCUUUACCAAGGAUCUCGGCGGCAACAUCCCCUCAUACGCGAUUCUCUCGCAUACAUGGAGCACUAACGCUCAAGAUGAGGUCACCUUCAAAGAUAUAGAAAAUGGCACUUGGAAACGCAAGCUGGCCCAUGGCAAGAUCGAGUUCUGCAUAGAGCAGGCAAGGCGCGAUGGCCUGCAAUACCUUUGGGUCGACACGUGCUGCAUUGACAGAUCGGACCCGGAGGAGCUCCGCGGAUCAAUCAACUCCAUGUUUCAAUGGUACUCCGACUCUGCUCAAUGCUACGUUUACUUGUCCGAUGUUUCGAAGCCCGCCGGUCAAGCGGGCGACGACCAACCCUGGAAAGCAGCCUUUCAGAGAAGCAGAUGGUUUACUCGGGGCUGGACACUCCAAGAACUUCUCGCCCCAGGAUCAAUCCAGUUCUUCUCGCGGGAAGGCCAGCAUCUCGGCGACAUGGAAUCUCUUGAGCAGGAAAUUCACAACGUUACAAAGAUUCCCAUCUCGGCUCUUCGGCAAACAACCUCCCUUGGUCGGUUUGAUGUUGAGGAACGAUUUGGCUGGGCGGAGAAGCGCCAGACUCUGCAUCCCGAAGAUUGGGCGUACAGCCUCCUCGGACUUUUUGGUGUUUUUAUACAGCCCAUGUACGGCGAGGGGAGGGAUAGCGCAGUAAAACGUCUGAGAGAGGCAAUCGAAAGUGCCCCAGAACGUCGAGAAUAUCUCCGGAAAUUCCAAACCUGUCCCUACCAAGACCGUAAGGACCGAAAUCCAUUGGCAGCGGAUGGGACAUUGGAGUGGUUCACGAACCAUUCGCUCUUCCAGCAAUGGAAUCAGAGCCCGUCAGAACACAUUCUCUUGGUUUCUGGUGAACCUGGCAGCGGAAAGUCAGUUCUGGCCAGGCACUUGGUGGAUGAAGUAUUGCCAAGUACGACGAUGCGGACAACAUGCUAUUUUUUCUUCAAGGAAGAUUACGAAGACCAGCGGUCUCCAGCAGCUGCACUCUGCUCCAUAUUGCACCAACUCUUUGACCAAUAUCCGGCCUCUCUUUCACCAAAAAUCCUCAAAGAUCUCCGACUCAAACGAGACUUGAACUCCUUUUUCGCAUCCUUCUCCGAUCUCUGGGCCAAGCUUGUUGAGGUUACGAAUACCGCCAGGACUAAGAGAGAGGUUGUUUGUGUCCUUGAUGGUCUCGAUGAAUGUGAGGUGGAUGGGAGGAAUCAGCUGCUCGAUGCCAUCUCCGAGUUCCCACAUGCACCGCUUGUCACCCCAAGCCUGAAAUUCCUUCUAAUCAGUCGGCCCGAUGCCGAGAUCAAGAGGCGCUUAGAGCAUCCAGAGCGCGACCUCCCCAUGAUCCACUUGGGAGGAGAAAACGAGGAGACAGGGGUUGACACCUUUAUCAAGACCGAAGUCAAGGAUAUCAGUCAAGCAUUUGAACUUGGCAAAGAGGAGCAGAACGCUCUUAUUGAAGAGAUUACUUCGGUGCCUAAGCGUACCUAUCUCUGGGCACACCUCGUCCUCAGCGAGAUACGGAAUCUCACGCGAAGCACGAUCCCAUCUUACAAGGCUCCACGUACGGUUUCCGAAGCGUACGAUAGGAUCUUGCUAGAAAGUAAAAACAUUUCGCUCGCCAAAAAGCUUCUCCAUAUCGUCGUCGCAGCGGCAAGGCCGCUCACGCUACAGGAGAUCACUCUCGCGUUGGUCAUUGGUCCCAAGCAUAAAAAAAUCGGUGAGAUACCUCAAAUGUCGGCAGAAAAAGCCCAUCAGCAGAUUGAGUCUAUCGGUGGAGCGUUUGUAGUCAUUUCCGACCACGAAGUCUACUUGCUUCAUCACACGGCUCGCGAGUUCCUGAUCGCCUCACUUUCGGGGGCUUCAUCACCAGCUGGUUCUUCCAGCACGAUGCCGGGCUCCGCGCCUUCCCUUGCUCCAGAGGUGUCACAUCGCGUCCUUGCCGAGAUCUGCGUCCAGCGGCUGUCGCUCUCGGAUAAUUUUGAUCUCGAUGAUUUUAAGGCUAGUACACAUCCGGUUCAGUAUAUGGCUAGGCAUACAUUUCUGCAGUAUGCCGCGGGGCACUGGGCUGAUCACUUCCGCCAAGUAACGUGGACCGACCAAGAUUGGGAGCUUGGCAGGGCAGUAAUCUAUUGCCAUCCGCAUCUUCAAACUUCUGUAUGGUUUGAGAUAUACCGAAGAUUCACGAGAAAAGAGGUCCCGGGCGAUUUUACACCAUUGUUGGUCGCGUCAUACUUUGGCCUGGACCAGGUGAUGAAACAUCUUACUCAAAACCCCAUACUCGACGUCAAUUUCCAGGAUAGCAAGUAUGGACGAUCGGCUCUCUCCUGGGCUGCCAUGGGAGGAUAUGAUAAAGUGCUGCAGUAUCUUCUCCGUGGCGGUAUGAUCCGGCGACUUCUUGGCGCCGUCGCAGCCGUCGACGUGAAGGAUGACAGCGGAUGUAUGCCGCUCCAUCUAGCUUCUGAGCGAGGCCACAGCGCAGUCGUACGUCAGCUUCUCGACGCAGGCGCCGACGCCAAAGCAAAGGAUAACAUCGACCGGACGCCGCUUCACUACGCCUGCGAGCAAGGGAACGAGACCGUCGUACAGCUGCUUCUCGAGGCGGACGCCGAUCCCAACGCGAAGGAUGGGUUAAAAUCAGCGCCACUUGAGAACGCUUGCAAGCAGGGCCAUGUUGUGGUCGUGCGGCUGCUUCUCGAGGCGGGGGCCGAUCCCAACGCGAAAGCUGGCUUGGGCAUGACGGCACUUCACUGGUCUGCCGGACGGCACUCUUCCCAACACGUGGCAAUAGUAGAGCUGCUCCUCGAGGCCGGCGCCGAUGUGAACGCCGAGGACGGUCUGUUACGCUUCACUCCACUUAUGGUGGCCUCCAGAGAAGGUCUCAAGUCGGUAGCUGAGCGGCUUCGCUUAGCUUCUCGGGUUCGCCCGCAAAGAAGUGAAUGA